AUGAGGCCUUUAACAGAUGAAGAGACUGAACUGGUUUUCGAAAAACUAGCUAAAUUCAUUGGAGACAAUGUUGCUCUACUUCUGGAAAGAUCAGAUGGUGAUUAUUGCUUUAGAAACCAUAAGGAAAGAGUAUAUUAUUGUUCUGAAAAUUUGAUGAAGCAAGCCAAUUGUAUUGCAAGAGAGCCGUUGUUAUCUUUCGGUACAUGUUUAGGAAAAUUUACGAAAACAAAGAAGUUCCAUCUACAUAUAACUGCUCUUGAUUAUUUGGCUCCUUAUGCAAAAUAUCGAGUAUGGUUGAAACCAAACGCUGAGCAACAGUUUUUAUACGGAAAUAAUAUUCUUAAAUCUGGUGUUGGUAGAAUGACUGAAGGUACACCAAUGAAAGCUGGUAUAGUUGUAUACAGCAUGAACGACACUCCUCUAGGAUUUGGAGUAGCUUCCAAGGGCACAGUUGAAAGCAAACAGUCAGAUCCUACCGCUAUCGUUGUAUUGCAUCAAGCUGAUUUAGGAGAAUAUAUUAGAAAUGAAAGCACUCUUACCUAA